AUGGAGUUCCUCUUCCAGAUGCUCUUUUCGCCCCUCCCCAUGCCGGCCAUCAUCUCACUGUUUGUCGUGGCGGCCGCGACCCUGUUGUACCUCAACAACAGGCCCACCCCCAUACGGCCCCCAGCUGACCUCAACUGCCAGACCAUGGGCAUCAAGGACGGAGCCAGGAAGGUCGCCUUGCUCAAGGACAACAACAACCUGCUAGCUUAUUACUACGACGCCACCAGGACCAUGUAUCAGGUGUUUCAGAGGGGGAUGAGAGUUUCAGGUAAUGGGCCAUGUUUGGGCUACAGAAAAGCAGGGAGGCCGUACCAGUGGCUCAGGUACAAACAGGUUUCUGAUAGAGCGGAACAUCUGGGCUCGGGGCUUCUUCAGCGCGGCUUGAGGGCUGAGCCAAACACUUUCAUUGGCAUCUUUGCUCAGAACAGACCAGAGUGGAUUAUUGGUGAGCUGGCCUGUUACACCUACUCUAUGGUGGUGGUCCCCCUGUACGACACCCUGGGUCCUGAGGCUCUUGUCUUCAUUAUCGACCAAGCGGACAUCUCCACGGUGCUGUGUGACAAUCAGAAAAAAGCCGAAACUCUGCUGCAGAACCGUGAGAGAGGCCACACUCCCGUUCUCAAAACAGUUGUCGUCAUGGAUCCCUUCGACUCGGACCUGGUCCAGCGAGGAGCCAAGUGCGGCGUGGACGUGGUGUCCAUGCAGGAUGUGGAGGCUGCUGGGAAAAGUGACCUCCAGAAGCCAGUGCCACCAAAGCCAGAAGACCUCAGCAUUGUUUGCUUCACCAGUGGAACUACAGGGAAUCCCAAGGGUGCAAUGCUGACCCAUGAGAACGUGGUCUCUGAUGCUGCUGGUGUCGUCAAAGCCUUUGAGACGUCCAUUGUUCCAAAUACUGAAGACAUUAGCAUCUCGUUCCUGCCGUUGGCGCAUAUGUUCGAGAGAGUAGUGCAGACUGUCAUGUACGGCGCCGGAGCUCGAGUGGGGUUCUUCCAGGGGGACAUCAGACUGCUGCCAGACGACAUGAAGACCCUGCAGCCCACCAUUUUCCCCGUCGUGCCUCGACUUCUCAACCGGGUCUAUGAUAGAGUGCAGAGCAGUGCCAAGUCGCCUUUCAAAAAAUGGCUCCUCAACUUUGCAGUGGAGAGGAAACUGGCAGAGGUUCGGGAAGGAAUUGUGAGGAACAACAGCAUUUGGGACAAGCUCAUCUUCCACAAAGUGCAGGAGUCUCUUGGUGGACGAGUGCGAGUCAUGGUGACAGGGGCGGCACCCAUCUCGCCUUCUGUUCUGGACUUCCUCAGGGCCUCACUCGGUUGCCAGAUCUUUGAGGCAUACGGUCAGACAGAGUGCACGGCCGGCUGCACCUUCACCAUGCCUGGAGACUCCACUUCGGGACACGUUGGGGUUCCUCUGCCGUGCAACGUGGUGAAGCUGAUGGACGUUGAAGAGAUGAACUACUUUGCCUCCAAUGGUGAAGGCGAGGUCUGCAUCAAGGGAAACAAUGUAUUUAAAGGCUACUUGAAAGACCCUGAGAAGACUGCUGAGGCUUUGGAUAAAGAUGGCUGGCUCCACACUGGAGACAUUGGAAAAUGGCUGCAGACUGGAGUUCUGAAGAUUAUCGACCGCAAGAAGAACAUCUUCAAGCUGGCUCAGGGCGAGUACAUCGCACCAGAGAAGAUUGAAAAUGUCUACGUGCGAAGUGCACCGGUGGCCCAAGUCUUUGUGCAUGGAGACAGUCUACAGGCCUUCCUGGUUGCAGUUGUGGUUCCCGAUCCGGAGGUGUUGCCGGGUUUCGCCAAGAAUCUGGGAUGCCAGGGCUCCAUGGAAGAACUGUGCAACAACAAGGAGGUCAAGAAAGCUGUUCUGUCCGACAUGAUUAGUCUGGGAAAAGAAGCAGGACUAAAAUCCUUUGAGCAGGUGAAGGAUGUGUAUCUACACCCGGAGCAGUUCACCAUUGAUAACGGCCUCUUGACCCCCACACUGAAAGCCAAGAGAGCUGACCUCAAGGAUUUCUUCAGGACGCAAAUCGACCAGCUUUACGCAAACGCGCAAUAA